UGUUUUGACUUAAAUCGUAAAUUAGACCGCUCGUAUCGCGACGUUCCUUUUUCUCGCAAUCAUCUUCGCUAGCGGAAUGUGUAGUAGGCUGCGACUUUCCAAACCAUCGACCAGCAACAAAUAGGAAGCAACCGGUAGUAGCUACCGAUUUGAUUCCUUGCAUGUCCUUUUUCCUAUUGGGCAGCAGCUUCAGAUACGACACGUACACCGUUCACAACGGGAAAUCCAGCUGCAGUAGGUAAUUCGUAGGAAGGAAAGAGCGACGAUAGUUUUGUUCAAUCGAUAAGCACCAAGAGAGAAGGAAAUAGUACGAAAAGCUCUGAGAACUGAGACUGGAACAAAACUUGGCAGGUCCAAAAGUGGCGUGUAAUAAAAAAGAAACAAAAAAAAACAAUCCGCACAGGAUAACCGACUGACUGGAUUGGAAGUGGUAAUUUCGUGUGGAUGCAAUCCGGAGCAGAAUCGUAACUAGUCGAGUGCAGCAACAAUGAAUGGGCUAAGUUUUGGUGAACUAUGCUGCCUAUUUUGUUGCCCCCCGUUUCCGGGACGGAUAGCUGCCAAACUUGCCUUCCUACCGCCGGAACCGACUUACAACCUGACGCCGAUCGAUGAAUCGAAAGCGAAAUAUUUGCUCAGCUUCAAUGAGCGUGCCGAGUGGCCCUAUUCGGAACGGGAGAAGGAAAACGUUGAGGGGUUUUUCACGCGAACCUCACGCGGCAACAAGUUGUCUUGUAUCUAUGUGAAAUGUACACCUACCGCUAAGUACACGCUCCUAUUCUCCCAUGGCAACGCCGUCGAUUUGGGACAGAUGAGUAGCUUCUAUCUCGGACUCGGUCUGCGCAUCAAUUGCAACAUCUUCAGCUACGACUAUUCGGGGUACGGAAUGAGCGGUGGCAAACCUUCCGAGAAGAACCUGUACGCCGACAUCGACGCGGCAUGGCACUCGUUGCGUACACGAUUCGGGGUUAGCCCGGAAAAUAUCAUACUGUACGGUCAGAGUAUUGGUACUGUGCCGACGGUUGAUUUGGCGGCACGGUACGAAGUUGGGGCUGUGAUUUUGCACUCUCCCCUGAUGUCUGGGAUGAGGGUGGCCUUUCCAAACACGAAGCGAACGUGGUUUUUCGAUGUCUUUCCCAGCAUUGAUAAGGUGUCCAAGAUUUCAUCGCCAGUGCUGGUUAUACAUGGUACGGAAGAUGAAGUUAUCGACUUUUCUCAUGGAUUGAGCAUUUACGAAAAGUGCCCGAAAGCUGUGGAGCCUUUGUGGGUUGAGGGUGCUGGACAUAAUGAUGUUGAGCUGUACAAUCAGUAUCUCGAUAGGCUCAAGAAAUUUAUCGCGGUUGAGCUAGCCAAUUGA